AGGCAAUAAUAGCCGAGAACAACGUUGCUUUGCAAUUGGUUGCUUACGGCGAUAGACAAUGGGUUUUCCCCAAAGCAGAGUGUAUUUAUAACAGGCGCACAGUUUUGGGCGGCACAGUUCCGUAUGGACCGCCGUUUGCGUGUGUCUCCUCAAUCCUAUGUGAUCAUGAGUACAAGGAAACGACUGGCCACUGUCAAGACGUUUGAACACGACCCACGCACCACCAUGCUUGUGAUCCUGAUAUUGCUGGUCGACAUCGUGUCAGCUACUACACCUGCUACACCAGACAUCGAGUGUAGGGGUCACAGUCGAAAGUACAAAACGCAUGACCGGGACGGGAACCCUGUCUGCGUGCCGUGCUCCCCUUGUUCUCCCGGGUACGGGGUCCUGAGACCGUGUACAGAGUACCAGGACACGGUGUGUGAGGCCUGCGAGCCGGGGAAGACCUUCUCCGGAACGGAGAGUCCCUGGCGGAGGUGCGAAUCGUGCGUCCAAUGUGCUGCCCACGAACUGAGGAGACGAGAGUGCACCCCCACCAGGAAUGGACGAUGCAGUUCCUGUGAAACAGGUUGGUUCCACAACGACAUAACGGGAGAUUGUGAUGUCUGCUCCUGGUGUUACCCCGAGUACCCCGCCAUCACCGACUUUGUGAGCGGGUGUAACGUGACAGGAGUGCCGCCGGGAUUCCACUGUGCUCCGAUCCUGGACGCGCCCUACCCUCCUCCACUCAGGGAUUUUCAUGGAACAACGGAGACUAGUCAUCGGACAGAGCCCCUAGAACACCAUCAUCUUAUUGAGUACGUGGGAGAAGAAGACCACUCGCUUGGAGACGAUAGAGAACGAGACAUGUCCACACACUGUACACCGACUAAAACGUCUCCGUUCUCCGAAGACGUCCCCACCGAGUACCUCACGGAUUCGGUGCGCAUCUUCACGGAAGAAGCGUCCAACAGACGACUAUCUAGUCAGUCAGGCCAAGAUCUUCAAAACACACGUCCUGUAAGGUUGUCUCCUGGCGCUGUCGUUGGUAUUGCUGUAGCAAUGGUCGUAACCUGCAGUAUCUUAAUAGCUGUCCUUUUUAUCAAGGGUAGGGCAAGAGACUAUCUUCGAGAAGGAAAUGAAGGUUUGUAUCAGUCUGUAGAGUUGAAGUUGUCUGAGAGACCUACAGACAAAACGCCUUUGGUAGAAAAUCAUGGAGAGGUGGCCUUUCAAGACACCGUGUCAACUAUUAUUUGACUGUUGGUAUUAAACGUCGAUCGAUAUUAAAAUGUACCUACAGAACAGAAUGACAACGGAAAUGAAAAGGUACAGAAAAAAUCCAGUGUGGAUUCAGAUAAAUCCACGACAAUGUAAGGCUCUUUAUUAGAUAAUAUAGCUUCAACUUUACAUGUAUGUAUUCCAUGUUGGACGGUGAAAUAUACACAUAAGCAUAAAAAAGUUUACGCUCGUACAAAUACAUACUCUGAGACAGCUUCUAUCAUAAU